AUGGCGAACGUCUCGGACGCCGCGAACUUCACGACUGUUCCGUGGAACCAGACAACCCCCGAGCCCAACGCUGCCAGUACAAGUCGACCCAAUGAGACCGUCGGAGAAGCGAUCUCGGCGUCAAGUCGACCCAAUGAGACCGUCGGAGAAGCGAUCUCGGCGUCAAGUCGACCCAAUGAGACCGUCGGAGAAGCGAUCUCGGCGUCAACGCCGCCCCCGCUCAUCGGCGCAUGCGAGAACUCGAGCAUCGCAGGGCUCUCGCGGACAAACGGGCCGACAUCGGGAGGAUUCGCCGUCACGCUCCUUGGAAGAUUCCUGGGGACAUCAAACGACUCAGCUGUGCAGGUCAGGUUUGGCUCGCAGAGUUCAGGGGAGGUAACGUGGCAGUCGGACACGUCCAUCGUUGCACAAGUUCCUGCCGGUUUCAGCGAUCUGGGGUCAGCAUUGCGCAUCGACACAGGGCAGGAUUGCUACAUCGAGAAUGUCCCUCGUACCUUCAACAAUGUGUUCUCCUACGACCGUCCCAUGAUAAGCAGGAUGCAAACAGCCAGCAGCGUGUCAACGGAAGGAGGAGCGAAGGCUACUAUCACCGGGAUGAACUUCGGGCUCGGUGACUUCACUCCCGUGAUGCUGGUGGACUCCUUCUACAAGGGCUACGAGGCAUGCAGCACGCGAUGGGUCAGCGACUCGUCUUUGAUCAGCAUCUUGCCGCCCGGAGUAGGAAGGGGAAGGACGAUCAGGCUGGAGGUGGGAGGCGUGGAGGCAAGCCAGGUGUGCACUGCAGAUAACCAGUCGUCUGCCACCGCGAUGAAUGGAAGCUCCGUCCAGCACCCUUGCUUCACAGUGAACUACUCGGCUCCAGCCAUCCUGGAUGUCAACCCGAAGUUGGGGCCGUAUGUUGGGGAGCAGACGCUGACUGUGGGAGGAUCGGACUUCGGGCCGGAGCCUCCGGCUGGAGCUGAUGGGCCAACAAUACAGACCAGCGCUCUGUGCAAGAUCAGUGGAGGAACGGGAACGUUUCUGCCCCUCAAGAUCGAUGUCGGCAACCAGAGCAGCGGAGCAGCCGCGCGAUUGGAGGGAGGAGUCAACCUGCUAUCGUUCACGUUCGUCAACGUGUCUGGCCCGCUGUCGGUCGUGAUCGAGCCCAACCAGGACGUGGGUGACAAGAAACGGCUGGCUGAAAAGUUCAAGGAUGACCUGGCCUACCUCCUCUUCGGGUUCUGCGCUGGAAUAUCUCCAAGGGCGGAGGCUUGUGGAGAUUACAUCAGGGCGGAGCAGGUCGUCCUCGGCGACGGCGGCGACGAGGAUGACAACAACAACGACCACCGCCACGGCGAAGACCUCGACCAUCACCCUCCCUCCAGAAGGAGGCGCCCAUCCGUUCCUCGUGACUCGACAGACAGGCCGAGCGCGUACAACUCGCUGCCGUGCAGCGGGCGAGGGGAGUGCGUAGGAGGAGGAUGCGUGUGCUCCGCUGGCUUCUCUGGGGAGCUGUGCGACAUGCGCGCCUCCUUCUCAAGGCAAGUGAUCAACGAGAUCUCCUCCGUGACGUUCCUCCUUGCCCUUGCCAUCCUCCUCGCCUCCGUCACCGCGCACGCACUUGCCUGGUUUGUGAUCACAGGGAUGUACAACAUCGAGAUGGUGGUAACGGGGGACCACUGGUCUUUCUUGCUUCAUAUUCAAUUCGUCUCCAUCACCAGCCUCUUGGCCACGGAAGUGCCUCAGCAAUACCUCGACUGGGCUUCGAGCUUCCGCCCCAUGAACGGCCAACUUGAUCCCAAGCAGGUGGCUGGGUGGAUCGGAUACGAGUGGCCCCAAGGGAUUAUCUUCACGGGGUUCUGUCAGGCAUAUCAAAACACGUCAGCCCAGCUAGACACCAACUCAACGAUCUCAUCAGAGCAGGUGGCCCUCGAAGACACUUUCAGACUUUUCCUUGGGACCUGCACUACCAGCAUCGUCCUCCUCCUCCUUGUCUGCUGCUCUAGAGUGUUGGCCGCCUCUCUCAGGGUUUCCAUUAUCCGCUGGAAGAGGAGGCGGCAGAAGGCGAGGCAGAAGAAGAUGCGGGAAGAGGAGGAGGAGGCGGAGGCGGAGGCGGCAAAAAUGAUGCUAAAUCAGGACGAGCAGACAAGCAUGACUGUGAUUGAUGAGAAGCUCACGGCUCGAGUGUCGGGCAGAAGCUUCGGGCUGAGUUGGAGGCUAUCGGGUAAGAGCAAACAAGGGAAGGAGAGAGCAGACGCUGACAAGGCGGCUGGAGGAGGGGACGAGAAGGAAACGGAGAACUGCCAAGAUCCGAAGCUGGCUGCGGAAGGAGGGGCGGAGGAGGGCCAAAAUGCGAACGAGAAGGAGGAGGAGGAGGAGGAGGAGGAGGAGAUUCCUGUCUCCAUGGCGCUUCGGUUCCCCAAGUGGGAGCUCCCUGUCCUCGCUUUCCUUGCCACAGGCCUGAGCACGAGUACAGGGAUGCUGAUCAACGCGGCAGUGAGCAUGCGCUGCUUCCCCCUCCUCGGCUUCGUCAUCGUCCUGGCCGUCUGCAUCCUCUUCGUCGUCUGGCUCUUCUCCAGGCUCCGCAAGCACUUCGUCAGCAGGCCGGCGGUGUGGUGGCACCGGAAUCGACUCAAGGAUGCGGAGGAGGGAGUGGCUGCGGCGAAGCAUGCGAGCUCCCGCCAGUUCCGACACAAGUGUCUGGCUGAUUACUUCGAUGCCCUGCAGACGAGCGGGUGGUGGGAGGAUGCGGUUGGGAUCAAAAGGGAGGGCAAGGAGGAGGAGGACGUUGAGGAGGGGAAGGGAAAGAGCCCGUCGGGCGUCCCGUCCGACUAUCGGGGAGACGCGGAUGAACAGGAGAAGUUGAAGGUGGCGGGGGAAGGGGAGGGGGCCGAGGAGAGCAUGAAGAAGAUUGUGGAGAUCGUUCGGACCAUCGUGCAGGAAGCAGCACUUGUGCCAGCUCUGUACCUGCGGAGCAGGGAGGGGAGCGAGAACGCAAGACUAUGCUCGACCUUCGACGAAUUCCUUCUCACUGCCAGAGACCGACUCAAGAACGUAAUCGGCAACCUCGCUGCGCGUCAACUUAAAUCCAUCGCAAUCACAAGUGAAGUGAUCGCACAGACUUGGACGGAGUUUGCAACUGAUCUGCUUUGGCCGUCAAACUAUGAUGCAUAUUACCGAACCGUCUACUCGGACUGGGAUCCUGACAUCGUUCACGUCAACGAGUCCGUCCUCGUCUCCCUCAAGGAGACUCUCUGUCGCCUCAAGGAAGGCUCGCAGAUCGUCAUCGGGGUGGUUCUCGUUCUCGUCAACAUCCCCUGCGUUGUCCUCCUGGCCGCCAAGAGGCCGUACAAGAACCGUCUGCAGAAUUUGAAGCAGCUGGUGACUGCGAGCAUGCGACUCUACCUCCUCCUUCUCUCGUGCUACCUCAUUCAGCACGAGCCCAGCUACGUCUCCACUGAGAGCAACCCAGCAGCCAACGAGGCGACAUUCAUCAUCAUCCUCGUCAUCUGCGCGGCGAUCGAAGCGGUCUCGCCGAUCUUGGGCUGCAUCCGAGCAUACAUGGCGAUCCUCCUAGUGAUCACAGGGCUGAUGGAUCGGCUGCAAGCCAAGUCAGACUGGAGUCUGAUUUCUCGCUGGCUGCUCGGAGCGAUGAGGACGAGGACCGCCUUGUACCUCAACGCUAAGGGGCUGAAGCGGCAAAACUUGCCCUGGUCUACAACUCGCGAGCAUCACUCCCCGGAGCCUCCGGAGCCACGAGAUGCCAGCAGAGGAGGAGAGCAGGGAGAACAUGGACUUUGCGGAGGAUGCCGAGGCGAUUCGAAAGUGGUUAUCCAUCUACGGUAUGCGCUCAAGGAGGAGGAGGGGGGGGAGGAACAGGAGGACAAGGACGAGGACGAGGACGAGGACGAGGACGAGGACGAGGACGAAAUGAAGGAGGGGAAGCAGAAACAGGAACUGGAGAGGAAGGAGGAGGAGGAGGAGGAGGAGGAGGAGGAGGAGGAAGGGGAGAGAGAGAGUGGCGGGGAGGAGGGAUGGGGUCACGGUGUUGGUGAAGUGCUCCCGCGCAUGAUCGCGGUCGGGACCUUCACCGCCAACUCCUUCGCUUCCAUCUACCUUGGGACUGAAGACGCCAUGGAAGACCUGCGGCUGUCCUCUUGCUCUGAAACCUUCCUGCUGCGCGUCAAGGAGCGAUUUUACAGGUGGAAGAGAGAUGCUGCAAGCUACCCUGAAGGUUCUGCCUACAGUCGAGGAGGCUGGCUGAAAGACACGGACCGCAAGAUCGCUCAGCUGCUCCUCACAGAGAAAGCGCUCAAGCUGGUGGACAUCACGUGGGUCAACGUGGAGCAGGCAGUACGGGGUCAACUCAUCAGCAGAAAGCCAGGGGUCACCACUGACGAGGACGGGGUCGUCAACAAGGAAUGUCAGUUUCAGUUCGGCAUCAGCGAGCAAGACUUGAAUGCUCGGGAAGAGUUGUGUGCGGAGGUAGGUCACAUUAUGAAUGUUAUGGAGCUUGUAAGAUAUUAUUAG